UAAGGAGAAUACAUCUCAGUUCUGUACUUAAUGCUGCUGCAAUGAUGAGUGGGCUCUCACUAUCAGCUCAGAUCCACUUAGUCCACGAUGGACAAUCUUCUGAAAACUCUGCUCAAAAUGGAUGAUAAUUUUGAACUGAUUAAUGUGGAAAUGGAUUCAGACAUCAGCUGGAGAGUUGAAGUAGAUGAACUGGAGACACGUCGAGUUCCAUCACCUCACGGUUUCUCGCCAGCAUCGCCUUUUGAAUCAUUCUAUCCCCCUGUCCUCUCGAAGGGGACAAGCAGUCCACUGGGAAACAAUCACUUUUUGCAAUCCUUUCCACAAGCCUGUACCAAUGAAGAGAAUUGUACAUCAGCCCGGAGGUCUCAGGGACUGUCGAAAAAGAUGUCAGGAAAACGCAGGAUGAAAGCGAGCGAGAGGGAGAAGCUGCGAAUGCGGAGGCUCGCUGGUGCUCUUCAUACUCUGAGGAGUUUUCUACCACCUGUCUACAGCCAGCGAGGUCAGACUCUCACCAAAAUCCAAACUCUGCAUUGUGCUAUCCGGUAUAUUUCUGAACUUUCCACUAUAUUGGCACAAGGAAGAUAUAAUGACUCUGUGCAUAGUAUUUAGAAUUACUUUGUUUAUGAGACAUCACUUAAAGGUGACAGGACUAGAAUUAAUGUUUUCUAUAAAUUUCAGUGGUUUAGGAAUUAGUGUAAUACUGGCUCCUUGUUUUUACUAUUUAAUAUUGGUGUAACUCAAUUGUUGCUGCAGUAUGUAUUUCUUUGUGUGUGUGUGUGUAUAUAUAUAUAUAUAUAAUUU